AUGGUUCCCCUUCCCGAAAAAGUCGCCCUCGUCACUGGUGCCAACGGCAUCAGUGGCCACGCAAUCGUCGAACAUUUGAUCAGACAGCCCAAGAGCGAAUGGUCCAAAAUCAUCGUGUCUUCGAGACGGCCCUUGGCUAAUCACUGGAUUGACCCUCGGGUUGAAUUUGUCGCACUCGAUUUCCUUGAACCCAUCGACGUCAUUGUCAGCAAGAUGAAGAACAUCUGCGCCCCUGUUACGCAUGCCUAUUUCACGUCGUACGUUCACGAUGACGAUUUCAAGGUUCUUCGCGACAAGAAUGUUCCCUUGUUUCGCAACUUCAUAGAUGCGCUGGAUACCGCGUGCCCGAAACUGGAACGAGUGUCUCUUCAGACGGGCGGAAAAUAUUACGGUGUCCACCUAGGGCCCGUCAAAGUCCCUCUGGAGGAAGACUUCCCUCGAUACGAUGACCAAGGAUACAACUUCUAUUACUUCCAGGAAGACUACCUGCGAGAAGUCCAGAAGCGGCGCAACACGUGGUCGUACAACAUCAUUCGGCCGAACGCGAUAAACGGGUUUGCUCCUCACGCAAACGGAAUGUCCGAGGCUCUUACGAUUGCAAUCUAUCUGUUGAUUUGCCGCGAGCUCAAUCAGCCGGGCCAGUUCCCUGGAAACGAAUAUUUCUGGACUUCGAUUGAUGAUAACUCAUACGCGCCCAGCCUAGCGGACCUGACGGUGUAUGCGACAACGAAAGACCACUGCAAGGACGAAGCGUUCAAUCACUGCAACGGAGACGUCUUUGUUUGGAAGUACCUGUGGCAGGAUGUCGCCAAGUAUUUUGGUGUUGAGGUCCCCGAGCCAAAGUUCGAAAAGGCAGCCGGCCAAGCCAAAACCCUCAGCAAUGAGAUUGACAUGGUGGAGUGGGCCAAGGACAAGCGCCCUGUCUGGGAGGCGGUCGUCAAGAAGUACGGGGGAAAAUCUGAAGCGUUUGAUUGGGGUACCUGGGGUUUCUUUAACUGGGCCAUAGGAAAAUCAUGGUUGACAAUCUCGUCAAUCAACAAAGCAAGAAAAUAUGGCUGGACCCGCACGGAUAACACGUUCGAUACGUGGAUCGAGACCUACCGGUCUUUUGAAAAUGCCGGUGUCCUUCCUAGCCAUGCUGCACUCAUAGGCGAACAGUGA